GCAACACUGCGUGGAGAUGGGGGGACGUGGAGGAGCCGAUCCAGAGGCGCCUGCAACCAAUGCGAGCGUCUACAAAGUCAAUGCUCUCGAAGAAUUUCAGGUCCACCUCGAACACUCGCUGAGCCCGCUGUGCCCCACCACCGCCUCGAAGACCCUUCUUCGAACCCGAAGCACUCUUGCGCAAACCACAACACCACUACAACCCCAAUCCAACCUUUUGUAUGUUCCGCCGUGUAUUCACCACAUCCGCAAGAAUGGCCGAAAGCGCAUCGAAACGCCUCAAGACCGACGGCGUCCUCAAGAUCGGCACCCACAAUGGCCACUUCCACGCCGACGAGGCCCUUGCAGUCUACAUGCUCCGCCUCCUGCCGACAUACAAGGACUCGGGCCUUGUCCGGACACGCGACCCGGCCCUCCUAGCCGACUGCCACACCGUCGUCGACGUCGGCGGCGAAUACGAUGCCGCCGCCAACCGCUACGACCACCACCAGCGGUCCUUCACCACCACCUUUCCCGGCCGGGCCACCAAGCUCUCCUCCGCCGGCCUGGUCUACAUGCACUUUGGCAAGGCCAUCAUUGCCCAGCGCCUGGGCGUCUCCGAGGACGACGAGCAGGUCUCGAUCCUCUACCCCAAGCUCUACGAGUCCUUCAUCGAGGCCCUCGACGCCCACGACAACGGCAUCUCCGUCUACGACCCCGCCGCCGUCGAGGCCGCGGGCCUGACCAAGAAGUUCAGCGAGGGCGGCUUCACCCUGGGCGCCAUUGUCGGCCGCCUGAACCCCAACUGGAACGACCCGAUCCCCUCGGACCCGGCCGAGGCCCAGGCCGCCGAGGACGACCGGUUCCUGACCGCCAGCGGCCGCAUCGGCGAGGAGUUCAGCCGCGACCUCGACUACUACGCCAAGGCGUGGCUCCCCGCGCGCUCGAUCGUCCAGCAGGCCUACGCCAAGCGUCUCGAGUACGACCCGGAGGGCCGCAUCAUGGUCCUCGAGGGCCAGUCGGUGCCGUGGAAGGACCACCUCUACACCCUCGAGGAGGCCGACGGCACGUCCGGCAAGAUCCUCUACGUCCUGUACCCGGAGAAGCCGGUCCCCGAGUCCAAGUGGCGCAUCCAGGCCGUCCCCGUGACCAAGGACUCGUUCCAGAGCCGCAAGCCCUUGCCUGAGCCCUGGCGCGGCGCCCGCGACGAGCAGCUCGACGAGGUCUCGGGCGUGCCCGGCGGCGUCUUCAUCCAUGCCAGCGGCUUCAUUGGUGGCAACAAGACGUUUGACGGCGUCAAGGCACUCGCUGCCAAGGCUUGCGACUUCUAAACCGGUUGGAGAGAUUCGACUGUGACGGGAGGGAGAAAAGGAGGAUAUCAUAUCCAAUUGAUGGGCGGAAACGGAAGUGGGUUUUGGGAAUAUGCAUAGAUCUCAGCGAGAUCUUCUUACUGGCGUUACGGAAAAUAACGAUACAAUCCACUAAAGUGGAUAUAGAUGCAUGAACACGAUCGAGAGGAUUGGCACGAGUGCUCACGUCAACGUCAUGGUGUCGAACAUGUGAUUGGCAGCUCACGCAUAGGUGUACCAGUCAUCAGUUUUGAGGCCGGACGCCUGUGGUAGAACAACACGGUGUAGCUGGACUGGGACUUG